AUGGCUACCAAACAAGAUGGAGAUAUGGAUGAUUUAGUGUCUAGAAUAUGUCCAAAUAUUGAUUUUUUUGAACGCAAGAAGUUUAAGGAUAAACUUUUGGAAUAUCUAACUCAUGUGUCAGUACCAGUUGGCUGGGAAACUUAUGGAUAUAAACUGUCUGAGGAACACCCCACAUACAAAUACCAUAAAAGGCUGCUGGAAAAUUUCAUUGAAAAGCAGAAAUUAGAUGAAGAAAAGCAGAAAUCAGCAAGCUUAAUAGUAACAAAAACAACACCAGAAGAGUUUAUUGAACAACUCAAACAGUUUGUCAAGGAAGCAGAACAGAAUGACAGUUUUUCUGAGUUUUGUGACUCAAGAAGCUCUGCCCUGAUUGAUUUAUUUCAGGAAAACUUUAAGCUUUGCGGUGUUGUGAUACGGAAAUGUACAUACCAUGCAGGCCAUUGUAAGGCAUCUGUGCUAAUAAGAGUACGUCAUAAACCUCAAGAUGGCCAUUCAGCAUUGAUUGAGUAUGUCAUUGAUGUUAAAAACGAAUCUCUCAGAGGAUAUGAUCUCAAAGUUGGGGACAUUGUUGAAGUGACACAAUGUCGGAGAAAGGAAGGAGUUGCAAUGGAACCAGAAGUAAUAAAGUAGGUAUAGUUUAUAUCAGUUAUAAAUUUUAAUUUUAUUGUGAUGGCAAUUAAAAACCUGAUAGAGAUCUCUGAACUUACAACAAUAGCAAAUUGAGAAAUGGUUUUCUACUCCUUUUUUUUACUUUCCAAAUGAGACCCAGACAGUUUUGACUUCCAAAUCAUGCUUUUCAUCAUGCACAUCUUCCAGAUGCCAUGUUCAAAAAACUGGUGUGGAAAAUGGUAUGUGUUAAUUCAUCUGAAGUAGGGCCAGGAUGUGGAGAACAUUAGGCUGCACAUCUCCAUGAAGAUCUCCAAGAAGUAAAACCCUCCCCUUGCAUCUUUGAGAAUCCCCUCAUGCAUUCCCACUUUUCAAACAAUGUCUUUCCUGUCUUUUUGCCAGGUGUUACCAUCGUGAUCAGGUUGAGAUUGAGUCAUUUUUGAACCUUUUGAUUGCAAGUGAAGGCUCAACUGCUGCAGUGACUGAACUUGUGAGGUACAUCUUUUGCCAGUUGCAUGUAACUUUAUUUACUGAAUAGUACUGUUAUACUUUUAAUAUGGAUCAGAUACUGUAGUUUUUAUUGCCAGCUUUCCUUAGAACUUUGUUUUUUAGCAUCUGAUUGGCUGAAAACUAGUGCAUUCUCUUGUAAUUCAAGUGCAAAGUUGUAACAUGAGUGCAAAUUUAUUUCUGUCUUGAUUGUUUUGUCAUAUACAUUAUUGAUAAGUAAAAAAAUGAUUUCUCAUGCAAUUUGGUGUAAUAAUUAAACACGUAAAUUUUUGUAAAGACUACAAAUUGCACUACAAAUUGCACUGUAAUGGGCUCUGAAAGUAAUUUUGUAAUUUUGUCGUCUUUGAAAAAUCUACUUGCACUCAAUUAAUUAAUUGAUUAAUUAUAAACACCAAAUUGCACUCUCAAUCAUGUUACUACCUACAGAAAUAGGCAAUGAGAAUUCUCAAGCUAACAAUCAGAUCUUGGGAGAUAAAGAGUUAAGCAAGCAUCACAAGUUCUUAAUUGAUUUGUUUAGGGACUUUAUAGCAAUUUUGUAACAUGACUUACUGAUUUUGUGCUGUGCCAUUUUUAGAUGUACUGCAUUAUGGGAAUACAUCCUGGAACUUCCCAAAGCACAGUAUACAACACCAAUGGCUAGGCAAAUUUUAUCCAUUGUUGACAAGAUCUGCUCCAGUGCCCAGAGAAAUAUGUCACACACAGUCACUAAUCUUGUGAAAAAGUUUCAGGGGAGUGCUUUCUUCAAAUCAGUCUUUCCAGAUUUUGUCAAUGAGACUAUUGAAGAUGGGAGGUAAGUAUAAACAUAACUGAAAAUUGUACUACUUUUUAUUCUUUUAUCCCUUUCACUCCAGGAAUGAACAAGCAUGAACUUCUCCUCACAAUUUCUAUACUUCAUCAAGAAGAAAGGUGAUGAGAAAUAAAAAAAUUAUCAGCUAGAGGGACAACAGCUGUUUAAUUGAUCACCAAAUUCUUGGAACUAAAAUGAUACACUUAUCAUGAAUGACAAAGAUUGUAGAGAAUCACUAUUUAGAUCUCAGGAGUUUUAAAUAGGGUGAUUAUUAAUUGUUGCUAAUCUAUUAGCAUCUGGUAUUUUUUUGCUUUUUUUUUUUUUUGAAAAAUUUUUGGUGGUUGUUGCUGCAGACAUUUUGUUAUAUGCUACCAUAUUGUUCAUGCCAGGUUAUGCUGAUCAUGAGUUUUCAGCCUUUUCUGGCAAAGAGCUGGUGGUGAGGUUAGAAGGGGGAGGUAGUUGAGUUGGGUUGCUCCCUUUGUUUUCCUUGAUCUUUGUUAAAAAAUGUGAUUUAAUUUCACUUAAUUUAACUGACAGUGAAUUAAUUCAAAUAUUACACAUUUCCUUUACAAUCAGUUGUCAAUUGUCAAAUUUCAGCUUGGUUCAGCAGAUUCUGGAACAUGUUGUCACUGCUAUUCCAGCUGCUGGCCCACAAGUUUUACCACUGGCUAAAGUGCUUAUGGAUAAGUUAGUAGACAACUCCAGUGACUUAGAGACAGCCAAAGAGAAUGGACGAGCAGCUAUAGUUUUCCUAACUAAGCUGUCAUCCAUCAUUGCCUUAGAGGUGCCUCAAGGCCGUGAAGAAGUUCAGGCUUUGCAAUGGAAAGAUCUUCCCUUGAUACCAGUGGGGAAAGAGAUCCAUGAACCCAGUAAGAGUUAAUUGAAUUCAUUUUUAUAAUUAUUAUUGGGGCCAUCUGUUGAUGAUGAACCCCUCCUUAAUUCAGUGUAUUACAAUGUGGUAUUAUUAACUGUUUAAUCUAAGCUAUUGAAAUCAAAUGGCAAUCAUAGAAUCAGAGUAUUGAUUAAGAAAUACAUCAGCAAGAGAAUAUUCUCUAAGUCUGAGUACUUGGAAAAUAGCUUAGGGGUAGAAUUUUACGUAGUGACGGAAUAGAAGAAACUGUUUAAUUGACUUUCAACCCUAUGAUUGUGCAUUGCCCAGCUGUGUGUAUAGCUCUGAACAAAGAGUUAGAACAUAGCGACAAUGGAGACCUAGUGGUGAUAGAGAAGAGGACAAUUAGUUGGCAUGGUGUAAUAGAGUUUGUGAACAACUGUAAAAUGGAGUAUUAGAGGAAUUCAGUGUAGAAUUAACCCUUUCACUCCCAAGAUCUCAUUAGUAAUUCACCUUACUGUCUGCCACAAAAUUCAUGUCAUGUUAGUUAGAGAAUUUGGUAUUGGAUCACCUGAUAAUUCCCUAAUUUAUAUUUUUCUUUAUUCUCAUCAUUUGCAUACUUGAUAUAGUCAGAUACUGUGAGGAAAAACUCCAUCUUGGUCGGUCAAGAGUUAAAAUCUUUUUUGGAAGCUGGCAAUGGCUUUGUUGAUGGUGUUGUGUUAUAAAUACUCAUGCAGUCUUCAUAUUUAGGAUUGAAGACAGACGACUUGCCAGUGAUAAGACAGCGAGGACCAUACAAAUCAGAGGAGGAAUACUUAAAUACAUACUUCAGACUUCUCAGAGAGGAAUGCUUCUAUAAGUUACGCAAAGGAAUCCAUGAUUUUGUUAUAAAUGGAGACAAAUGCAGUUCAAAAGAUACGACAAUAUACAGGUAUAAAAAUAAUUGCUGUUGUACUCUCACAUAUAUAGGAUGAUAUUUAGACCGGUUUGGCACUUUCUGAUAUCAUCAGGAGUGUGUGAACAGGUCAUGAAUACUGAUACCUAAUAUAAUUCUGCUGAACCACAUCUGAUUUACCUUAUCCUUCUAGAAGAAACAAGUAUCACAAUAUAAUAACAUUGUCAUAUUAAAUGCUUUCCUAGGAUAGUUUAUGGAUAAUGUUUUCAUACAUGUAGUAGUCUCUUAGACUACAUAACAAGUGACUGGUAAAUGCACAAAACAUUUAUGCUUAAUUGUCAGUAUUGCUUUUAAUGUGUGUGAUCAAUUUGAUAUUCUCAGAGUUUUCCUGAGAGGAGCUUCCCUGCAUCAUGAAAAUUCUCCAACUAUGAUGUUACUUUCACUGGAGUACAAGAAAUCAGAGUCAUCUGAAAAAAGUGAUGAUCAGCUUGAGUAAGUACAUUUAUCAAAGAGUUCAGUAAUCUUGUUGCUCUUUUGAUAUGUAACUGAGCCAAACUACAAAAAUUAGUAGUUGCCUUGGGGACCAAAACAGUUGCAGCAUGCAUGGAGCACUCUAUUAAGUUCAUAACAUGGAUUAUUUUUGGAUGACUUGUUUUUGAGAAGAUUCCUCUUUUAGCUUGACAUCAUUAUAACUAAGUACAUUAUUUCAUUGUAUCUUUUCCAGCCAAGACUUCCUCCUGUAUGGAGAUCUGCUGUGUAUUUCCUUGGAUAGCUCUUUUGAAAAACCGAUCUGGGGUCUGGUGGAACGUCAUAUUUUUAACCAGAGGUAAUUAAAUUACUUUAAUCAACUUUAAGUCUAAAUUCUUUGCACCAAAUUUUGUUGAGAUUGGAAGAAUUUUAAAUGUCUAUAAAUUAGGAAUUAAAUGGGAAAAAACCUCCAGGGCAGUAUAUACAAAGUCAUGUAUGAGGCCUCAGAUGUAUCAAAAUAUUAAUACCGGUAGUUCUGUAUUUCUGCUGAACAUUGUACUUAAUAAAAUCAAAGUUGUUAUAUUCUUCAACUUUUCUGAGUUACUGCCAUACAUCAAUGAUUCUGAUUUAAUUUUGCAACCCAACUUUGAAAUUGCCCUGUCUUAACUAGAAAGAACCUCUCUAAGAUUAUAAUAGAAGCCCUUUGGCCUGGAAUUGAAUAUCAAUCAGUCUAAGGAAGCCUCUAUAUCUUGAAUAAAAACCAAUAUUUCAUUUAUUAUGAUAAAUAUUAAUUCAUACUUUUAAUUUACACUUAUAAUUUUAAUUUAUAGAAUAAUGUUAAAUGUAGCACGUGAAGGUCCACAUCAGGUGACACUUAUACUUUCAAUUUUCCACCUACUGUAAGUAAAGCUAAUUGGUUGAUAUUGUUGUUUGAAAUCCAGCAUUGUAAGGAUUACUCUUUGUGACAAAGCAAAUGACCUUUCAGAAGCAGAGUUUAUUACACAGAUGCAGGAGGUUACAAACAAAAGUAAGUUUGUAGGCUGUUCUAAUCAAUCGUUUAUUAAACUUUGUCAAGGGAAUAAAACAUUUAGUUAUUAGUUUUAAAAAUAAAGGCCUGUCUUUCAAAUACAUUAGCUUUCAUAUUUACUUAUUGAAAUGUUGUACAACAUUGUAAUGAUUUAAUUUGGUUCUUUUGAGAAAUCUUGAAUUUUGAAUUUGGGACAUAGAUGGGUGCAAAUUGUUUUUAAGGUGAUGGGUCUGAGUAGAAAUCAUACUAGCAAGAAACCUGAUGCUAUCAUGAGAAGCUGUACAUGUCUUUCACAGUUUUUAAUUUAUUAUUGGAAUGUAACUUGACAAUGUGAACUUGAGGUUGGGAAUCCUUCUUGAAUAGAUUCAGACUCAUUGGGAAAAUUGAGAGCGCAUUGCUCAAUGAGCUGAAGCAGGGAGUGAGUAGGCCAGGUCAAAUGGUUAAUGUUUAAUUCAAGCCUUUUAUUGAUCUCCAGAUGAUGGAGCAUACAUGGCACAGAGCCACACGUUCUAUCAGGCAUUUGCUUCAGCCAUGGAAGUACUGCAACACAAAGGUUAUAGACAAUGAUGUUGAUUUAAAUGAGAUAAAGGAAACUGUACAUUUGGAUUUUAGAAUAAAGAUGGAAAGAUCCUUUCUCUGUUUGAUUAAAUUUUAUGAAAUGAUUCUCAUUAUAUUCCCUUCAAUGAAAUCAUCCAUUACAGGGUUAGUGCAAAUUCUCAUUUAAAAAGUCAGCAACAUUUUCUCCGACUGCUUGAUAGCUCAGCUCACUGAUAAGAGUGCUGAACUGGUUUUGCAGGGCAUUUAUAGGUUGUAAUUCUGUUCAACCAUGAAUUUUGUUAGCUUUAUUGUCUUGGCUUAAUUUCUUAUAUGUACAUGUAUAUGUUUAUGUAAUUGAUUUUUCUGCAACAGAAGAACUAUUUAUGAUUCCCAGAGAAAUAGCUAUUAGGUUACUAGUAAAUGGUUUGCACUUUUUUUCUUUUCAAAGAGAUCUUGCUAAGAGACACUUCUUUAAAGCUUUUCUACUAGUCUUCCCAUCAUCAGCCCAAGAUCUUAAUUUGGAUUAAAAUGGACAAAGCAGCAAUGCAUUACACACAUUGUAUACUUUCACUACUUUAAAACACAUUUAAGUUUAAGAAUUAGUUGUGGUAUAAAUGACAUACUGUUAAGGAACAAGCAUUUGAUAGUCAGUCAGUAACACAAGAAGAGAUGAAAAACACAAACUUGUUUUCCCAUUUUUUCUUUAGAUCAUGUUCCAUUUAAAGAGUUCUUGGUUGACCCAAAACCAAAGUACUUUGAGCCAGCUGAAUACUUAGCUGACAUAAAAAGUCCCCCAGAUUGGGAGAUAAUCUUUCAUAAGGAGUCUCUGAGUUUUCAGGAAAAACAGUCUCCUUACUCACCUCUGGAAGAUCUCCAGGGAAUGCGAAUGAACAGCAACUUCAAAUCCAAACUUGAUCCAACACAGUUUGCAGCAGUCGAACUGGCACUAAAAACCAAGCUCGUGCUGAUUCAGGUAAUGCUUUAACUUGUAUCCGCCCAAUAUCCACAUAGAAUUAUUUGGUCAUAUGAAAAAUGUUUGCUAUUCCUUUCUUCCACAGGGUCCUCCAGGAACUGGAAAGUCGUUUGUGGGUGAGGCCAUAGUGCGCCUUCUUUUGUCCAUGCAGGUGCCACAAAGCCAUGGACCUAUUCUGGUAAAAUAAUCCACUGUUUAGCAGUCUUUAUGUCAUAAGUGCGUUGUUAAGUACUUGCAGUCUGCAAAACAAACCAGCUAGGGAAAAGGAACCUUGCUCCUGCAGACUCACAGAUCAGAAUUUGUGAGGAUUCAAAUUGAAGUGGAAUUUUGCCAAGAGUUUCCUUAACUCUUUAACUCCCAGAAGUGAUUAAGAAGUAACUUCUUCCAAUAAUAUUCAUACAUUAUUCAGAAAACAGGUAAAGAGAAUACUCAAAAUUAUCAGAUAGAAGUUGUUAUCUUGAUCUAACGGCAAAUUCUCAUAACUAAUUUACAAGAAAAAGUGUAGCAACUAUAUGGGGGAAUUUACAAUAAUAACAACAAUCCAUGAUUUCUUCCUGAGUGCUCAGAAACAGGGACAGCUUCAUGAUGCUUUUAUGGCACUACUCACCUUUUUCUACUAAGGAUAAUUUAAAGAAAGUGUCGAGUACAGUUAGAAAACUACAGUUGAGCAGAGCCUUGACACCAUUUACUCUCUUUUUGUGUGGCUUCAUAUUGUUUCCUUUUUUUAAGGUUUCCAUCUUCAGCGCUGUCUCAUUUUUGAUAUCCUGGUUUACAGGUUGUGACCUAUAAGAAUCACGCCUUGAACAAUUUCUUGGAAACUCUCGCCAAAAAUUCAUCCCCGGAUGAGAAGAUUGUCCGUGUUGGAAACUUGCCUGAUGAUGCUGACGAAAAAUUGAAGAGACUCUUGCUAAGAGAGGUUUGUCUGUAAAUCAACCACGUCAAAUGAUUCGGUGACAGUUUUCGUGAAAGCUAUUUCAAAGAUUUUCCACUAAGUAAGAAAGCAAACGAGGUGGUUAAUCGCAAUAAACUAAACACUGCAUGAACCAAUAAGAAUCUUAGUCAAGUACACGUGAUCAGCUACAAGCGCGUGGAAAUGAAAUCGAUUCGAGCUGCGUCAGGUUAGUUUUGCGGCAUCUGAUUGGUUGUACACCUCUUGGUGGAGCUUUCACAUGCUUAAGUAUUCCCGCGUAUCUGGAAAACGCUUUCGGAUAAAAUUACAAUUACGCCCCGACCAAAGUCUGUCUAUACACGGGGAAACAGCAAAGAUUUGGAAUAUUCAGGGAAAAAAAACAAUAUUUGGGAUAACAAUACGCCGCUGCAAUGGUUUAUUUACACUUUUGGUUUUUCAUUUGUUUGAAUGUUUGUUUGUUUGUUUGUUUGUUUAGGUUGGGCGAAAUUGGCCUCAGGGAUUGUAUGAGCGGAAAAGAAGCCUGACAGGAAAACUUUGGGCUCUGCAGCCUCGAGUUAGAAGUGCCUACCAGAAGUUGGCAUUUUCCAGUAUUUUCAGUGCAGAGAUGUUCUUGGAAGUAUGUAACUACCUGACUUUAUCUGGGUGACGUUAAUAUAUUUUUUAGUUUGAAAAUAGAGUUACAGCAUCAAAUUAUCCUGGUUCAGAAUUUAGAGUGCUUGACUUUAAAACCUGGCGUCAAAUCAAAAUGGCUAAUAGCAUAGAGUUUAAAACAGCUGUUGUUAAAAACCCGGCCAAAACCUACGGCUAUAUAUAUAUAUUUUUUUUUUGUUUUUUGUUUUUUUGAGAUAUUUCGACAAACUGUGUAAUUUUUCAAAAUGAUUCCACCAUUAUCAAAUCAACGAAUAGAUUCCAUGUUCAGUGCCGUAUGUCUGUUUAGUGAUAAAACACCGAUGGCCUCAAAAUGUAUAAAAAUAAAAAAAGGCGCACAAGGCACAGUGUGUUACUUAUGUUCUCACCAUAUUUUGAUGUAUUAUGUGAUCUAUUGCGAUCAGGGAGGACGGCAACAUGGGAUCUAUUUGUUUAAGUAUAGCUAAGAAGCAACAUGUCGUUAAAGGUGACGUCCGAUAUGCGUCUGUUCUCCAAUAGAUCAUCGCUGAGAACCAAUCAAAAGGCUUGUUUAAUUCAGCUUAUCAUCAAAUCUGAUGUACAUUUAAUUCCAUUGUUUUUACAAGGAAGCAUCUGUAGACCAGAUUAGGUCCCUUCUUCGGGACAACAAACGUGAGCCAAUUGAUGAAGAAGAGGUGGAAAUUUUUCUGAAGAAGUUGACCGAAGGAAGUGAUCGAGGUGGCCUUAGGAGCAAUGCUCGACUUUUAGGUACUCAACCCUAAAUUUAAUUCUUAGCCAACAAAAGUAAAUUUGCCUUUUUAACUCUCCCACAUAAAAACCAUGACUUGAUUCUUCUAGGCCCCGUCUUCACCACGCCGGGUUAAUAAACACAAAACGUUAUUCCUACGAUGACGCCUAACUUCUGCACUUAACCGCACAGAUUCUCCACUGGAAACAGACUUCUUUGAAAACACUUCUCGAAGUGGUUAAUUUUCUACAACUCACUCAAACCCUAGCGGCCAACUGAGGGUGUGGUUGCACCUUAUUAGCGAGACCGCCACCGUAGAUCUGUUCGUGAUAAUUUGUUUAAAAGUUUUUUUUUAAUCCAGAACUUGUGAAAAAUGCACUGCGGGACUGGUUGCCCGCCCAAGAAGAGUUCGAUAAGUUUGUCAGCGAAGAACAGGAGCCCAAACCAAAGAGAAAGUAAGUGUAUAUGAUAGCCACAAGUUCCAGGCCGGAUUACGGCCGUUCGCAGCAAGUUUUCUCUUUUCUUGGAAUUUCCUUGCCACAUAGGAUUGACAGAAUCAUAUAUAUCUGUUGCGUUUACCGUGAAAAAACGGCGAUAACUUGCAGCAAAAAAAAACCUUACGUCGGACAAACCAUCACAAAUAUGCCGACUGAAAUCUGUGAACCUUAGUGCAUUCCUCACAUGGAAAGUAAAUUGGAUGUCCGUAUGCUCAGGCUGUCGGCCGGCGUCUGAUGUAAACACGCACGAGACACAUUACGGUGCUGUAGGGUUGGGUUACGGUGCAUUAGUUGCAGUAGUUGGCUUUGAGAAAUUGUUCCACGAAAAACACACAUGCAUUUUUCAUUUUUUUCCUACGACUCUAGUGUAGCAGCUGCUCUUGCGAAGCAAAAAAGCAAAGAAGAUCCAGAGCAGGAGAAUCCAAGCGACGUCAGAGAUCCUUCAGUGGAGGGAAAGGAGCGUCUUCUCGCUUUGGAUAAACCCAUCUGCGAUGAAGAAGACGAAACAAUCGCCCAAGAUGUUGCUAAUGAAGAGCAGGAAAGGGGAGAUUCAUAUCGUGGAACAAGGGAGCGCAAGCUAGUUUGUGUUGAUGAAACAAGUAAAUUGCUUCUGUUUUGUUUUGAAACCCGGAUAUUGAGAGGAUGUUGUAAUACCUCUGUAAUUCUGUUUCCAACUUUUUUUAGUAUCAGUUUCGAAGUAAGCAAUACAUUUGCUAUCGGAGAGAGAGGCAUAUUCUUCCAACAGAAUGAUAAAGACAAACAAACAAACAAAUAAAAACAUAGCUCCCCUUGACGUUUAAGAACUUUCAGAUGUUGAAAGUCCUUGCUCGUUGUAUCAACGGAACGUCGCGACCAAGUCAGAUGUAGGUAAUGCUAAUUAACAGGAUUAUUAUCUUGUUGUUACGUACGUGAAAACUCAUCAAAUCAAUGAGGAAAUAGAUAGUGCAAUCUAACCUUUGAAUACGCAGCUGUGAUCAAACUGCGGCAGUUAUUGCCUCGUAUUUAAGGCAAGAAGUAUUUAAUAACCAUACAAGUAAAAGAGCAAUUUACCUUUUUUUUAAAUUAGAGGUGAUACCUCAUAUAAAUCUCUUGGAUGACGUCAAAGUGUGGGAUCUUGCGAAAGAGGAAAGAGUCCAGCUUGUGUAUGUUUUGCAAAGCAAGUUCUACAAGAAAGCCUGUUCUGAGUUCCAUGAAGUGAGCAGCUUGUACACAGAGGUAAAAGGAUGAGUUAUUUUUUUGUCGAGGGGCGGGGGAGGGUGGGGUGUCGAAGGAUUUUGAUUGUGUCACGAUAAAACUUACCUAAUCCCUCAUAAGGCUCAGUAUUAUUCUUAUGAUCUUCCGUCAUUUGCAGUUAAUAAGCAGUCAAUUUUCUACAGUCCCUCUAUACACUUUGGUGGUGACGACUCAUCCCCACUCCAUUUCCUCAAGAUCUCCCGCCCCCUCUUUCCCCCCUUCCUAUCAUUCAAUCUAAUGUCCUCGUUCAAACGGCAAAAACCAUCAUAAAUUAUCAUGUCGAGUUUGAAUAUGUCCAAACUACAUGAUAGGUGAUGAUAGUCGCUGAUAUUGCAUGAUAGUUCUUAUUCAAACUUGCGUGAUAGUUGAAACUAUUACCAAAUAUCAUGACCGUUUCAACGGGUCUUUAUAUACAGGCGCAUGGUAGCUAAGAAAAAGAUUUUUCUUGUUACCUAACAGAUACAUCAUCAACUCAAGGAGCUGAGAAAUCAACAUGACAUUGAAGUGAUGAAAAAAUGUCACGUCAUUGGAAUGACAGUGACUGGAGCGACUAUGAGGGCAAAUCUGUUGGGUGAGGACCGUUACUAAAGCCGUUGAUCAUGGCUCGAUUAAAAUCCAUGAAUUUGGUGGGUUUGCUUUUGUGAAAAAAGCCUAGCAGGUGGUUGGUUUCUUUGUUUUUUCAUUGUCUUCUUUUUGUCAUGUAUAAAUCUUGAUUGGUUCUCUAACAGAGGUCAACAGCAAAUAAAUAAAGUUGAUGGGAUCUGUCACCGAAAGCAACAUUUUGGCCAUAAACGUCCUCGAAAUAGACUCCUUUGUUACUUCAUUCCUUCUUUACAUACUCCCUCCCCAUCUUUUGCAUACCUUUCUUUCUUUCAAUUGUUCAUCCAUUUUUAUUUUUUCGUUUGUUAUUUCUUUCUUCUUUCCGAAUUGAUGACUUGCUUUCUUUUCUUUUCUUUUUUCCCUGCCCUCUCGUAGCCGUCGCUAUGGCUCGUCAUGCCAAACUCUCUCCUAGCGCCUCUUGCAUGACGGAACCGUACGUUAAGGUUGCACGGGCACUAACAGAAUAUUACAGAGGCGCGCUUUAUCUAAUAUCUUAUCACUUACAAUUUUAUACACAGCUGACAUUAAACCGUCUGUCAUGAUAGUGGAGGAAGCUGCCGAAAUCCUCGAAGCACAGCUUGUAGCUGUCAUUCCGCCCUCUGUACAACACCUCAUUAUGAUCGGUGAUCAUAAACAACUAAGGCCAGUGGUACAUUUCAACCGACUCAGAAAACACCAUCAUCUUGAUCUCUCCCUUUUCGAGAGACUUAUCAACUGCAAGCUGCCAUACAUACAGCUUGGAUUUCAGUGCAGAAUGAGAGAUGAGAUUGUGGACUUGCUCCGAGAACUUAAGAUUUAUGACAAUCUGCAGACCCAACACGAGGUAACGAUCUGAUUUUUUCACUCCUGGGAAUUUGGAACAGUUUUUAAAUAGCCUCUUAAAAUAAUCUGCUGACGGAACUAUGAAAUUACCCAAUCAGGUGAUGAGAAAAAGAAACUUAUCAGGUGGAGGGUGUUCUCUAAAUAAAACACAAAAUUGUCUUCGUGAUGUGCGCGUGAAGUCUCGCUCUCGCGUGUCAAUCACUGGCGCGGUUGUGUCAAUCACGAUGUUAAUCGAUUCCUAGCUAUACAGGCUACGUAGUUCUGGACUAAUGUAAAUCACGAAAUUUUUACAUUUGUUUUGAAUCCUCUUCUUAUAUGUCUUCAUUUUUAGCUUGUAAAAAGAAACGUUUUUCCAGCUUGUGUCGAUUCGAGCAUGUAUUUCUGGACUCAUACAGACUGGGAAGAUGAAUCGAAGAAUUCCCACAGCAAGAGAAAUAUUACAGAGGCUAGAAAAAUUACAGAAGUUGCAAAAACAUUUUGUGAGAAGGGGGGAGUCCCACCAUCAAAGAUUACAGUUCUUUGUUCAUAUCGAGGACAGGUCAGUCAAUAAUUUUGAUUUUGUACUUUAAUUGUUGUUCUUUUAACUCGUUCACUGAGUUCCCAUCAACCUUAGAGGGAUGUGUUAGGUAAGAGACGUCUUUUAUAGAGGUACUGUUUAAGGUAGGCUUCUUCCUAACAGAAAUGUUUUCUGACAGCUCACCCAUUGAGGUCGUCAAAGAGAAGUCUCUAUUUUGGAGGGAAAAGCAAACUCAAUUUAUCCAUUGGGUAGUGAAAAUGUCCUGUGACUCCUUCAAAGUGUAACUCAGACACAAUUUCCACCAAGAUAAACUUUUCUGAGAAAGAGGAAUAUUUCAUUAUUUACUCAAUGAUUACCUUAUUGAUGUGCCGUCUAAUAGCGAAUUAGCCCCACUGUCAAAAUCGAAAAUUUUUAAACUGAUUCGUUUCUGUUGACGCUUCAGGUCACCGAAAUAACGAAGCAUUUCAAACAGGCAGAUAAAUUCGCCCCACUGUCAGAUAUCAAGGUUACCACAAUCGAUAGUUUCCAGGUAAGCAAACUGGACGCUGAAAACUUAGUGAUCUUGAAUAGUUAUCGGAAACAAGUGAUUAUGCUAAUUUCUCUGUGGAUGAUUUACUAAUUUAUCUAUCUUUUGUCGUUUUGACAUAUCUGAAGUCGAUGUUUCAUGCCACGGUAUUCCUCAUUACAAGAAUGCUUAGAAGGUCAACUUCAAUUACUUAAAUUUUUAUCUAUAACUGCCUCAAUAUCUGUGUUGCCGAUUGACCGACCGAAUGAAUGAAUGACUUUCUGACCACGCGACAGACUGACUGAUGGUUUUACAGGGUAAUUUAGUAUUAGCAACUGAGUCGAUAACGUAAAUUGGCCACCACAAAGAGUUUAAAAGCUGACGUUUCGAGCGUUCGCCCUUCAUCACAGCGAUUGAAGAAGGGCUAACGCUCGAAACAUCAGCUUUUAAACUCUUUACAGAGGCCAAUUUACGUUAUCGACUCAACUGAUAAUACUAAAUUAUCCUGUUAUACUCUCCCACCAACGCAGCAUCACUGUUUCUUAAGAAAGUUACACCUUUAUUCAUUUGAUUGAUGGUUUCAUUGAGUUAAACUCUUUACGGUGGCCAAUUUACAUUAUCAACUCAGUUAAUAAAACCAAAUGAUCUCGUCAUACUCUCCCACCGACGAACCACCGCAGUUUCUUUAGAAACUUUCCCCCUUUAUUCUGGGGACCAAGUGAUUGACAAACUGAUCGACUGACCAACUGACUGAUUGACAGACAGACUGACUAACCGGCUGACAUACCGACUAACUGACUGUCUGACUGAUUUAACGACUGACCGACUGGCGGCUGACCAACUGACCAACUGACUUACAGACUGAUUUCCAAAAGAUGAAUUGGUGCGGGGUAAUCAGCGAUAGGCAAGCAUCCUUUUCUUUCCUUCAUGCCAUGGAACUGGGAUGAGCUCCAUACUUAUUGAGCCACCUGAUUCCUAAAACUUAACCUCAACACAAAUAAUAACAGGCGAUUUUUAGCGAAUCCAUUAAACUGUUCAUUUUUUUUCUUACUGACCAGGGGCAAGAGAAUGAUAUAAUUCUCAUAUCUUUGGUCCGAAGUAACAAUAAAUCCACGAUUGGCUAUCUAUCGUCAAUGAAUCGUUUGUGUGUGGCAAUUUCUCGGGCUCGCUGUGGUCUUUACUUGUUUGGUAAUCACACACACUUGGCAACGUUAUCUAGAAGAGGAUGGAAGGUAGGAGUUUUCUGCUGCAAUUUGGGAAAAGAGUAUAGUAUAAUAACCUUAACGUUAAUUAAAAUAAUGAUGGUAUUCUAUGCGAGCACUUCCUUCGAGACGAGUUGCUAAACAUUCUACUAAUUAAGCUCUAGAGAUGAAGUCGAAAUUUAGUUUAAGGGAAGCAAGCUAUUUCGUUUUAAGUCUAUCGUAAAUCCCUCUGGAGACCACUGAAUUAGGAAAUAUUAUAUUUAUUCCUUUAAACUUAAUGAAACUAAAAGAAAAAUUAGUUCUUUAGUGAGGGAAAGAAAAUGCCAGUAAGUCUAUUAGCACGCUGUCGGUUCAAAGUGUUAGGAGCAGUUUCUAAGUUGACACUGUAUCAGUUGAGUAGUACUGCAGAUAAUGUUGCGAAAUUAUACGUGAGUUUUAUUUUGUUAUUGUUAGAAGCGUUGAUAUUUUAAGCACCUCGUAGGAUAUAAAAAUUUGCAAAAAAAGAAAGAAGUCGUUGUUCUGAAGAGUUCUUGUCAUUUAUUUUUUUUUUAUUAUUAUUUAUUUGCCACUUACACACACACACAUACAAAAAUAAAUUACAAUUGUAUACAACAAUCUAAAAUAAUAACUAUAAUAAUAUCAUUAUACAAUAAUCUAUACUUAAUCUAGAUAAAAUUAUGAUUUAGGGUCAUUUAUAAGUAGUGUGGCGAGGAAACCCAGCAGAAGCUAGAAGCUUAUCAAACCUGGGUUCCUUACACGAUGUAGAAGAAAGAUUUGCUAAUUACAGACGGGCGAGUUUAAUUUAGUUUUCGGUCAUUUUAUAGGUUAUCAGUGAAUCUUUGCGAAAGAAGCAAUGUUUGGGUCGAGUUUUUCCAUUUUGCUCAGUUGACGAUGUUGUAAGUAUAAUGACUUGUUGACUUUACUAGAUGUGUAUGCAUUUGAUUAUUCCCUUCUUUUCUAAUAUUUAAAACAACUUAUUGUUUUUCGUCAUGUUAACAACGAUAAAAAAUUCCCCCUUGGACAAGGACCGGGUAAUGCUCUCAUUAGCAUUUUAUUUUUUUUAAUGGAAAACUUAUCUUUUGCUAAAAAAAAGUGCUGGCCUCGACUUAUACAACUUUCGCCACCUUUACAAUCCUUUUAUUUUUUCUUGUUCUAUCUGUAACUGUGAGUCCUGAAAGACAAAUAUAUUUAGGUUUUUGUUGUAUUUCAAUGUCAUGACGGCCCUAAAAUAACCGCCAUUUAUUUGUACUUAACUGAACUAGGGAGGAGAUGGGUAUCAAGGAAGCCUUCCGAGUAGAGAUGAAAACAGAGGUAAGAAGGGAACCACUGCAUUAUAUGACUUCACGAUAUUAUUUUACUAUUUUAAGAAUUGGUUCAUGCUCAGCGUGUGUAUAUCGAGGUAUGCAUGCGCGCGGAAGUUUUGGAAAAUGAAGACAAACAAAGUCAAAACACUCAAGUUUUAGUAGGCGCCGAACAAGGGGUUUGAUUGAUAAAAGAGAAGACUCGGGUGGGCUGGUGACAAUUAUUUUCGCCAAUCUGACUCUCGGAAAGUUUAGAAAUAGAAACUCGCAGCUACCAAGGACGAAAACUUUGCAGCGAAAUGCAACUGCAUAUUUCAUGUUAUGUACACUACCGUGAUAGAGAUAUAGACCAUGGUGGCUCAGUAAAGAAUUAAGUACGACAAGCGCGUGCGGUUUGUUCGAAAGUUGCCAAUUGAACCCAACGGGGCAGACAUCCCGACAGACACCCCUCCAUUUGUUUUGCAUUUUGCCCUCUAAAAUGUGUUUUCUCUCUCUUAUUUAUAUUCGUCCAACGAACAAACUAUUCAUGAUUUUGAUUAAAUGAAUAAGGUCAUAAAACGUAUUGAACUGGAUUAAAACAAAACAUAACUUCGGCUUAUGAAUGAUACCUUUGCUUUUGGAUGUAACCUCUUUUGCUUUUUAUUGUGCAGGCGGCAACGUAACUAUCCAACACGCUGAAAUUGUCUUUGUGGGGGGAGGAGACAGCUCCGUGAAUACAAUGAAUGUUGGUCGAGGUUAGUGUUAAACCUUCAACUCUCAGAGCUGAUUAAUUUGUAACUUCUACAUAGAAUGUCAUUUUAUUGUACCACAAACAGGUAUUAAGAGUAUAAAACCAAUUUCUCUGGAAAAAUUUUAUCCAAUUGAGUACAAUAUAAGAUUAACUCGUCUUCAGUAAUUUAACCCUUUAACUCCUAUGAGUGACCAAUGCAGAAUUUCUCCUUACAAUAUCAAUACAAAAUCAAGCAGACAAGUGAUGAGAAUAAAGAAAAAUAUCAAGUAGGGGAUUAUAAGUUUAUCCAAACUAACAUCACAAGAACUGUAUGGCAGACAGUAAGGAGAAUUACUAGUGAGAUCUUGGGAGUUAAUAGGUUAAGACUUACAACGAUGAAGUUUUAAAUGGAGCAAAACAGACACUAGGGCGAACGAGUAUCAGUAUACUCAUUCGCUGCUUUUAAGUGACGUCACAAUUUUUUCUCUUUUUUUGUUUUUGUUUACUGGCAUUUUUCUUUUCCCUCGCCUCCGGGGACAGGAACCCCACGGCCUUUAGAAAUACCACUUCCACCGUCUGGCAAAACCCCAGUUCAUGAUCCAAAGUCGCCCUCACCUUCGCCAGGGUUUUCACCACCGUGUAUGGAAAGAAGUGACAUGGGUGCUGAUUCAAAUGGUGUGCCGCAACAAGGAAUUGAGAAGAAUGAGUCGGUAGUCGUUGAUUCCAGGCCAAAUGAGGUACCAGGGGUGGAGUCUGAUAAAGAUGCAAGAUUGCCCAUCCAAGAGGCACCUGCUGCAGAGCAUGCUUCCCUAAGUGAGAUGGAAAAAAUGAAAGAAAGACCGGAACAAGAAUCAGGUUUUCCUAUAAAAAGCACAGGCAAUCCUCCCGUUUCUGGCGAUGAAUCCUUGCCGUCUGAUAAGGAUGCUAGGAAACCUACGCAAGAAACGCCAGAGGCGCAAAAAUCUCCCGAAUCGUUCGAGUUUGAAAACAUGAAGGAAAGGCCGGUACAAGAAUCAAAGAACGCCAUCUCUGAUUCGUCAGGUAAAGAGGCGAGAAGACCUACGCAAGAGUCACCCGAAGCAGAGAAAUUAUCUCCUGGUUCAAGCAAAGAGGAGAUCAUGAAAGAAAAGCCGAUCCAAGAGUUAGCAGACGAGAAACGUUCGGAAGAAACAGCUGUGCAGGAAAGCGAAGAAACUCCAAAGAAGGAGGACGAGUCAAAGGGUCACCCUGUCAGGCAUGUUUACCAAGAAGGUGACUUGAAAGAACUCACGAAGGAAACCCUCGCUCAAGAAACGAUAAACCAAUCUGGUGAGGAAACAAAAGACCAGAGCCCUGAACACAUUGUCCAGGAAACCCAGAGGCCUAAUAAAGUGAAAGAAGAAGGCGAAGACUCGGAACCUCUCAAAGAUGACGAGUACUCUGACGAAAAGCCGCUCAAAGCAAGCGCCAGGUGUGGGACAGAAAGCAAAGAUAGCCCGGAGGAAGCUUUACCGACUCAAGAGACCAUGGCCGCAGGGAAAGGGCCUUUUGAAGAGACUGGGCUGGAGGUUGGCGUCAAGGGGCAUCCUACAGACUAAAGAGAGGACCAGUUACGGAGCUACCUUGGAUAAUGAUUGAAAGGAACGGUUUUAGAAAAAAAGCUAGCGUAUAGUGCACCCAUAGAAGAUAUCAAGUUGUAUUCAACUUUAAUUCGGCUCUAGCAUUCUUAGUAUGUAAUACGAGUUAAACUUUUAAUUUUUGCUAUUGUAUGAAUGAAGCAAUUUCUACGCAGUUUUUCUCCUGGUGAGUUUUAGUUUGAAUCUCAAUUGCAGUUUGCUCAUGUAAACUACUGUUUUCCACUGAUUGGGACAUAGUGAGCGAGCUAUAAUAGAUAUUGCUCCUCUGUAAACCACGUUAAAGGACUACAUCUUGUCAUUUU